AUGUAAUAAUAAGUUCAACAGCCAGUAGAUAAAAUAACUGAAAUAUACAAAGAACUAUAAUUCAUUCAGAAUGAAUCUUAAGGUUAAUAUAAUAAAGAAAAAUUGAUGAAUUAAAAGAUAUUACUCUUUUUUGGAUUUACACACUAAGAAGUGGAUGCAUUUUAUGCUCAUUUUUCAGAAACAAAAGUAAUUGAGGAAAAUGAAUAUUUAAAAAUGGUAAGACUACAGAAAUAGUCAAAAACCUCUUAUAUUAUUAAUACACCAUACUCCUUAGGGAAUAUAACAAAUAGAUAAUUAUGCCUUAAAUAAUACAUAAGUAGAAUAAUUCUAUUCAAGGUUCUACUUUAAUUUAAAGAUUGUUAGUAUCAUAUCAUUGUUAAUUUUGAUAAUCUUUAAGGAGAAACUUAACAAGCGUAACUUAAUUAAAUAGUUGAUUUUGGAUUGUUUAAUUUUGGUAAAUUAACCUUUAAAGUGGAAAAGGUUACUUUAAUAAAUAAAGGUAUUAAUGAUUAAUAAACAUCUUUUUGUCUAUGUAAAGAUAUUAAGAAAGGUGUCUAAGAUCUCAGGCAAGUCUUUAAGUAGCAAACUUUGAGAUACAUCUUCUAAUAAAAUGUAUUUUACAAACCAAGUAUCGAAAAAAAAAGAGAGGAUUUUGGACCUAUGUCAUUUUUUUUGGUAGAAAUCAUGGAUGAAUUUGCCGUUCAACUUACUAAAAUAUUAUAAAAUUAUUAGGAUAAACUUUUAUUAUUGCAAUAAAUCCCCAUUUUAUAGGAUGAAUAAGAUUUAAAUAAAGGUAUAAUUAGUCUUUUAAAAAAUUUAAAUGACGUUUUAACUUAAUCAUCUUAAUACAGUUUAGAAAUUACAUUUUAGCUGUUUAAGGGAAUUAAUGAGGUAAACGAAUCUCAUAAAAAAUUAAUAAAUGGAUGUUUAUCAAAACUAAACACCAAAUUAAUGGAGACAUUUUUAGCAGAAAAAGAAAUUUCUAUAGAAAACCUUUAUUUACCAUAAGAAUUAGUAAAUACUUAGUAAUUAGAAUUUAUCAAUAAGAUGUUGAAAAAAUACGUAGAAAACUAUUUUAAAUAGAAAAAUGUAUCUGAAAUUAAAAAUCUAAGCUAUAAUAUUAAAUGUUGGAAUUCAUAUAGCUCUUUAAUGGUUGAAAGCAUUAUCUAAAAUUUUAAAUAAAUAACAAAAAGCAUAUAGCCAGGUCCAAAGGAAGAGAGGGAUUUUGGUGUAUUUUUAUUUGGGAAAAGCAGAGUUGGUAAAAGCACAUUAAUAAAUAUACUAAAAAACCCUGAAAGUUUAACAAUAGAAAAGAGAAUAAGUGAACUUUGUUAUGUAAUGAAAAAUUAGUUUCAGACAGAGUUUAAGAUUGAACAUGGCUGCAUGAGUGAAACACAAAACAUUACAAGUAUGUAGAUUGGGGAUGUGUGGUAUUAUGAUUGCCCAGGAUUUGAUGAUAAUAUAUCCUAAUAAAUAAGAAUUGCACAUAGGAUUAGUUUAUAUAAUUAUUUAAGAAAAACUAAAAAAGUUAUAGGAUUUUUUUUAAUUGAUUCUUCUAAUAGAGAUGCUUAAAUUAUUAAGGAUACAAUUGAUCCAAUUUAUUUAUUAUUGAAGGAUAAAAAUUAAUUACUACAAGAUAACCAAAAAUGGGCUUCUUUGGUUUUGGUCAAAUCAAAGGAAAACACAAGAAGAGACUAUAUUGAAAAUUGGGAUGAAGCUUACCAUAAAUUGUUGGAAGGUAAAUACACAUUUUAUAGAGAGAUGUAUUAAAAUGAUAAUUUAUGUAUUGAAUUUCCUAAACCUAAGAAAAAUCUAUCGUAGGAAUAGAUUUUAUAACAAAAUACUCAUAUUCAACAAAAAGUGUUAAAGAGAAUAAAUGAGAAGAAAUAAAAUGAAGACUUUUAGCUAAAUUUUGAUUUAUAAAUAGAUUCAAAACUAUUUUAUUUGUAUGAAAUCGUUCUCUCCAUGCUUCAAAAGAAAAUUGAAUAGAUUGUUGGGCUUUUGGAAAAUUAAAUUAAUAUUUACAUUUAAGAUUGCGAAGAUACACUAGAAAACAAAAAGUAACUAAUUUAAAGCUUAAAAAUUUUUAUUGGCAAUGAAAUUAAUUAACAGAAUGUAAAGGAGGUUUUAAAAAAAAUUCUAGAAUGGUGUAAGAUUAAUGAAUUAUUUAAAAUUAAUUCUAUCUUCUUAUAAAAUACAAUAGAUGACGUAUUGUAAUGUUUAAUGAUAGAUGAUUAUUGCUAAAUGAGAAAAAUUUCCCCAAUUAAAGUUGAUUCAUCAAAGCUCAGAAAAAAUGCAGAUAAAAUUAUUAAUAUUAUCUAGAAUAUUGAAAAUAUUGAAUUAGGAUUAAAGGCAACAUUUAUAAUAGGGUCUAUAGCCGCUGCAGUAACCUCUUUAGGCGCUGCACUACUUGCAGAAGGUGCAGGAUUAGCUGCUACAGAGAUUAUAAUUGCGCAGAUUGCCUAGAGAGUAGCUAUUAGAGCAGCUAUUACUGGAGUAGGUGGAGCCAGUGCUUCAACCAUUACAUAUAUUGCAUUUAUUUUUAAGUAAAACAUGUUAAAAUAGAGAUAUUAGUCUUAUUUAUAUGAAUAAGAUUAAAGAAUCAAUACAUGA